CUGCUCCCUCGUCAGCUUCGCUCUCUUGUCGCCGCACUUCUCGGCGACUGUGCGAGAGAGAGAGAGAGAGAGAGAGAGAGAUAUUGAAGCGACCCACGUCGUGUGCAUUGCGCAAGCGGGGUUGAGGCGGGAGAGAACCGAGAGACCCAGUCGCCGAUGGUGCAAAUUACAGGCUGCCUCGGCGACCCAGCAAGGCUUUAUCGUCCAAAGCUAUAAGUUUUUUUUUUUUUUUUUUCUCUUUCUUCCUUUACUUGGCCUCGUUCAAGAUUUGUAUGGGGGGUGGACGUCUUGUUGACGGGGUACGUCGCUGGUUCCAUCAACGUCGCUCGUCCACGUCCCUCGCUCACAGUCGCGAUCCGAAAAGCAACGAUACCGAAAAAGAUUGCGGCUUUGGGGAAGCGAGCGUUUCCGUGAGCGAAUCACGCGCGCAGUCGUCGCUGAUAAGGGAAGAAGGGGAAGCAGAGCAAGAGCUUUCGGUCGUCGAAGAUUUCUACCUCUCUGGCUUGAGCUCCAUCAAAGUGCCCAAGCGAAAUUACUUCAAUCUUGGCCCCAUGGCGCUCCCUUCCCAUAAAAAGGGAGCCCUCGAAACAGAAUUUUUUACUGAGUAUGGUGAGGCUAGCCGUUACCAUGUUCAAGAAGUGAUUGGGAAAGGAAGUUAUGGAGUUGUUGGUUCUGCAAUCGAUACUCAUACUGGAGAAAAAGUUGCCAUUAAGAAAAUUAAUGAUGUCUUUGAGCAUGUUUCUGAUGCCACCCGGAUUUUGAGAGAGAUCAAGCUCCUCAGGUUGCUUCGCCAUCCUGAUGUUGUGGAAAUCAAACAUGUAAUGCUUCCUCCAUCACGGCGAGAAUUCAAGGAUAUCUAUGUUGUUUUUGAGCUGAUGGAAUCGGAUCUGCACCAAGUAAUUAAGGCAAAUGACGAUCUUACUCCCGAGCAUUACCAAUUUUUCCUGUACCAACUCCUCCGCAGUCUUAAAUAUAUACAUUCAGCCAAUGUAUUCCAUCGUGAUUUGAAACCAAAAAACAUACUUGCAAAUGCUGACUGUAAAUUGAAGAUUUGUGAUUUUGGGCUUGCGCGAGUAUCUUUCAAUGAUGCCCCAUCAGCUAUAUUUUGGACGGAUUAUGUUGCUACUCGAUGGUAUAGAGCUCCUGAACUCUGUGGCUCCUUUUUCUCCAAGUACACCCCUGCGAUUGAUAUAUGGAGCAUAGGAUGUAUAUUUGCGGAAAUGCUCACGGGAAGGCCCCUGUUUCCGGGUAAAAAUGUGGUGCACCAACUGGAUAUCAUGACUGAUCUACUUGGAACUCCUCCACCUGAGACCAUUGCAAGGAUUCGCAAUGAAAAAGCAAGAAGGUACCUCGGUAGCAUGAGGAAGAAGCAACCGAUUCCUUUCUCUAAAAAAUUUCCUAAUGUAGAUCUAUUGGCCCUGCAAUUGCUGGAGCGUCUACUUGCGUUUGAUCCUAAAGAUCGUCCAACUGCUGAAGAGGCCCUAGCUCAUCCUUAUUUCCUUGGACUGGCGAAUGUGGAUAGGGAACUAUCAACUCAUCCCAUUUCGAAGAUGGAGUUUGAUUUUGAAAGGCUAAAACUUACAAAGGACGAUGUCAGAGAGUUAAUUUACCGUGAGAUUCUAGAGUAUCAUCCUCAAAUGCUCCAGGAGUAUCUUCGUGGCGGUGAUCAAAUGAGCUUUAUGUACCCAAGUGGUGUUGAUCGGUUCAAGAGGCAGUUUGCACAUCUUGAGGAGCACUAUGGGAGAGGUGAAAGAAGUACUCCCCUACAGAGGCAGCAUGCUUCCUUGCCUAGAGAGAGGGUUUGCCAACCUAAGGAUGAAGCUGCUGGACAGAAGAGUGAUAUUGAAAAGCGGAGCACAGACACCGUAGCUACGACUCUUCAUAGCCCUCCGAGGACGCAUCAGUCUAAUGCUACAGAAAGCGGGGAUGCGCAAAAUGGCCCUUACACGACAAACUGCAGUGCUCGAAGCUUGUUGAAGAGUUCUAGCAUAAGUGCUUCCCAGUGCGUUGUUGUCAAGGGAAGAGAAGCCGAGCAGGAGGAACCAACUGCAGAGGCUGAUGAUAAGGUUGUCGACGCUUUGUCUCGAAAGGUUGCGGCACUUCAUCCGUGAUCACUUCUAUAAUCCAAUCUUAAAGGACAUCGAAGGAGGCCAUUUUUGUGCCCGGUGCAUCACCAGUUCACUGCCCACAUCACGUGAAAGGCCGCUUCUUGAUGACCUGCAUUGCCAGAUCUUCCACUAUUUCAAGCUAUAUAACCUCAAAAUCGGGGCAAUGUCAUGGUAACGCCUCUUCUUUCGUAUUAGACAACAAUGCUCACUCAGUUAUCGGUGUAUAAAUUAGCUAUUGAGCCCAGAACAGUUAUUGCUUUGCUCUAUAACAGUAGCUGAUGCUGGAGAGAA